UUAUAAUCAAUUUACGCAACACUCAUCACAUUCGUUAUUGAAAUUCAAAAAAUGAACAAUUAUUUACUUUCCAAUUAAAAAUCAUUAUUUAAUAAACAGUAUUGUACUUUAUUUAUUUUUAUUUAAAAAAAAAAGUUUAAAUUAAUUACAAAUAUUAUUUUUUUCUCUAUAUUUUUCGAAUACGAAAAAAAAAUUAAAUAAUAAUAAGAAUAAAUUAAAAUAAAAAAAAAUUAAAGUAACAAUCAAUAAUAGAAGAGAUUAUCGAAAAAUAUAAAAUAAAAUAUUUAUUUCGACUCAUUAUAGGCAAAAAAAUAUCUAAAUCUCGGGAUCAAAUUAAAAAAAUAAAAAUGAGAGAUACAAAUAUAGAUUGUAUAGUUACGAAUGGAUUUCUUAUUAAAUAAACAAAAAAAAAAAAAAAAACAUUUCCUUUAUAAAAAAAAAUGAACAAUAAAAAUCUCAGAAUACCUACUGCAGUUACAUUAAAACUAUUCAGAGUCGACGUGAUAAAUUAUAUUUUUAGAAAUAAUAUUCAAAUGUGAACAAAGUUUUUUAAAACCAUAAUCAAAAGAAAAAGUUUAAUAAUUUUUUUGUGUACUAUAUAUAUAAAAAGAAAAUUUUAUAGUUUAAGGAAUUUAAAAAAUAUAAAGGAACAAUGAAAAUAAUUUUGGUUGUGAUGUUGAAAAUUGUUUUUACAAUCGUAACAGCAACCGAUUCAAUGUUAACUACAAGGGAUUAUGCAAAUCUUAUUAGCGAUAUUCAUAAUUCCACUAAUUCCUCUUCAGUGUCUCUAAUACAUUUUACCAAGGAAGGAAAUUUAAUGCAAAAGAAUUUAAUUUUCCAAAUACAAGUGCUACUUUUUAAAAAGAACAUUCCUGUUUCGGAUAUAAAUUUACGUAUUAUAUCAAAUUUAACUGACAAUAGAUUUCAUAAUUUUAAAGGAUUAAGAAAAGACAAAUAUGCGAUGAGUGUUUUUAUUUUAGCUUAUAUAAACGAUUUUGACGAAAUGAAGAAAUACAUAAAAUUAUUAAGACGAACUGAAGUUAUCAAUUUUGUUAUAUUUAUGGAACAUUAUGGAAAAAUUUAUACAAAUAUCUGUUUAAAUCCAAUUGAAAAUCCAUUUGGAUUAAGUGAAGGUGUUUCAAUUCUAGUCAAGUGUGGGAAAAAUGUUACAAUUCAAGAAUGGCACUCCAUUAAUGACACAUCAAUUAAAAUUAUACCAAGAGCAACUUGGGAACCUAAAAGAAGUCCAAGAUUUAAUGAAAUAUCCAGCAAAUUAUUGAUUGGCAAUAGAAAAACACUUAUGGAAAAAGUUUUACGUACUGCAAUAAUAAAAGAAUCUAAAACUAUUGGAGAAUAUUUUCCAAAAUUAAUAAAAGCUUUUGAAAAAGUGGGAAAUUUCCAAUUUAAUAUAAUUAAAGAAGAAGAGGAGCAUGGAAUUUUCUAUGAAAAUAACAAAACUUGGAGUGGUGCAAUAGAAUUAAUUAUUAACAAUGAAAUUGACAUAGCACUAGGAUGGUUUAGCUAUUUACCAGAAGGAUUAUCUGUUGUUGAUUAUACUGUAACAAUUGAUAGAGCAGAGUACGUUAUUCUUAUAAAAACACCAGAAAUUAAAGUACGUGUUUCAUGGACUGGAUAUUUUCAGCCUUUUACCAUUUCAGCUUGGUUAGCAUUAUUAUUAUUCUUUAUAAUAAUUCAAAUGAUUAGUGUAUUUUUCAACAAUAACUCCAUCAUUCAUUUUCAAGAGACAUAUGAUGCUGAUAGUGUUUUUCAUAUUUGCAGAAUUCUUCUGCAUCAAGAUUUGCCAAGUAUUUCACGUGUGACACCACUGAGGAUAUUUUACAUUUCUAUUAUUAUUUUUUCAUUUUAUAUUUGGUCCAUCUAUUCUGCUAUUUUUGCCAGUAAGUUAACGAUUAUUGACACAAAUGUACCAUUUAAAACAUUGGAAGAAUUUACUCGAGUGAAAUCACAUAAAAUGAUCGUUUUUCAAGAUACGUCAAAUUAUUACAAAAUAAAAAAAGCUCAAUAUUCACCUUUAAUGGAAGCAAGAGAGUUACUUGUGAAUGAUGAUCAAUUACCAAAAACAAACGAGGAUGCUAUAGAAAUGGUUUGCAAUAAAGGAAUGGCUCUUUUUACAGACGACAUGUUUCUAGCAAUAGCUUAUAAUAACAGCAUUCCCAAUAUUUGUCCAAUGGUAACAAUUGGAACAAAUGAAUUUGAUUCCUUUGCAUUAGUUUUAAAUAAAAAUAGCCCUUUCACCUCACCAAUAAAUAAUUAUUUGAGGUCAUUUUUAAAUAAUGGUAUAAUGUCACGCAUGAAGCGUAUACUUGCCGAAAGUAUACCGACUUAUUUGAAAAAUGAAUCUGAAAACAAGUACAAAGCUGUUGAAUUUAUGGAUAUAGUGAUACUUUUAACAAUUUUGAUUGCCAGCGCUUUUGCUUCUGUUGUAAUAUUAUUUUUUGAACGACUCUAUUUUCAUUUUCGAAGAGCAAAGGGGCCGUCCAUAAACCACGUAGCCAGUUUAGGGGUAUUAAAAAGUGUGUAAAAGCAUAUUUAAGAGCAUUUAAUUUAUUGAAAAAAUCAUUAGUAUAAAUUAUUUAUUAUUAUUUUAUUAUUAUUUAUUAUUAUUAGUAUAAAAAAUUAAAAUUCCUUAUGUGUUCUUAAAUUGAAUUUUCUUUAUUGGAAAUUGUUAUCUAUUCAAUAGAAAUACAUUUUUAAAUAAGUAAAAAAAACUACGUUCUACCAGUGGAGGGGGGGGGGGGUUAUAGCGAAAGUCCCCCCAAAAGAAAUAAAAAAUAUUAACAUUUUUCAAACAAAAUCUAAUC